AUUUGUUUGAGCGCCGCCCGCAUUCGUCUUAGACGCUUCCCUGGUUCAAGUCUUUCUGGAAUUUAGCAGUGUGUGGUCGGGGGUCCGCAAUUAACCCGCCAGCCAUGCUGAGCCCGCGUGCGAUGUUUCAAGAAGGUGAGGCAGCCCUCGCCGAGCAUGGGAAGGACAAGGCGGUGCGUCCCGAGUUGGACAUUCUCAGCUCGGCCCCCACGCGGUGCCCAACGUCAGAGCUGCUCGCCUUCGGCGACGACCAGGACGCCGACUCGCGCAAGGAGAGCCGGGGCGCUACAGCGCUGCCGAGGGACGGCGACGAGCCUGCGCUCCUGCAGACGGCGCCCCUCGAGGCGGUGCUCUUCGGGGACGGGCACCACCAGAUAGGGUCAGCGAUGCCAGCGCCGAGGGUGGCCCCGCUCAGGCGACUGCGGUCCGAGGCGUUCUGGGAGCAGAAGGCGGCUGCCGCCAGGCUACCGGCGCGCUCGCCUUGGGAGUUGGGCGUAAGGCAGCGCCGCCCUUGCCUUGACGAGCGUGAAAGCUGCGGGCCGGCAGCGGUCGCGACGCCAGCAGCAGAAGGCGCCGAGGUCGAAGGCGCCGUUGGCAGCUCCAGGAGCUGGGCGGGCGCCGUCUCCAGGGAGUUGCGCCGCGGGGCGCGCGGUCCCGUUGCGCUGCCUGCGCCGUCGCCAUGGUCGCCAUCAGCAGCGCUCGGGGCCGCUCUGAGGUCGCGUGGCCGGUCGUACCACCCCGCUGGGAGCCGCGGAGCCGCCAAGUGUGCCGCACCGUGCGCAAUCAACGGCCAGCGGGGAGCGAGGUGUUUGUUAUGUGAUCACCCGCCAGCCAGAGAUGACCCGCGGACCUGACACCCGCCCGCCACUGGAGACGCCUGCGCGGCAAGCCUCCUAACGGCGACGCGUGAGUUGCGGCAAGCCAUGUUCUCUUUCUUUCAUUAAUUUGUUUUUUUCCGAAUUCGUCUAAUUUUAUCAGCCACGAAUCACGUGCACAACAACAACAUUAUUGGUCGGUGGAUUUUGAAAUUCGUAAUUUGCCAGUGUCGGAUCCGUGUCCCGGGCGUGCGAAGCGAGCUGCGAACAUUGAGUUGUCGCGUUCGCGUUAUUGGGAUGUAUUUGGCACGACGAUGGGCAUA